AUGUGGUGGUUGUCCAAAUUAAUUGUACACUCACAUUUUACUAACACUCGCCACAAGCCACAUCCCACACACACCGACGACUACCGCCCCAAUCGAGAUCCGACGACUACCGUCCCAAUCGAGAUCAGGCCAGCCCCAGUCGAUGGAGCCCUUCGAUUCCAACACCAGAAAACGGCGGACCCACACAUGGACUUGCAGCGGGACACCAAACAACUGCCAAAGCAGCUCUCAAAACCGGCGGCGGAGGAGGAACCCGCGGCUAGCCGGACACCACCAUCCCACAGCCAUGGCCACCGCGACUCAUGGAGAAACACCACACCUGAAGACGGCCUAGCAGGACGCCAUCCCUACUCCACCGACCCGAAUCAGGUAGCAGAUGUCGAAAAUCCCCCGGCAGGAGGGCCCUACAGAAGGAAAUUGACGCCGACCAAACUUUGGUAA